AUGCGCAGCGUUCUCCCACCACCCCCACGAUACCCCUCUCAAGCUGCCUACAAUAAUGCCGUCGCAAAUGGGCAGGCUCCGCCUCUGAUAGAAACGAAUAAUCUUCUCUCGCAUCCAACGGGACCCGAGUAUCAACUGGUGGUCGGCGAAGGUACGAAUCUACCCCUCUCGAGUCACAACAACGAGGACUGAUGAAGUUGGCAGGAACAUAUAUUCUCAAGGAAGACUUGCACCUUGCGACACCCCCUCCGCAUCCUUCAGAAGCGCCAAUAAUCAAUCCGAAUCCUCUUGCGACAACUCCACAGCCUGCGACAGCCGGAACCAGGAUAUCUCUUCUCUCCUUGAGCUCCCGAGCGGCUCCAGUGCCAUUCUACAGACUUGAUGGGAAUAGAAGUACCAAUACUGGCUUUCAUUCUAGCAUACAAGAGCAUCCAAAUGAGGGCCGCCCGUCGGGUGAUUUGGUGCCUCCAAGUAGUGAUGGAGGGGACACUUCGGUGACUGGUAGUGCCAGGGCGACCCUAUCCGUUGGCUCUGCGCCUGCUUUUGGAGAAGGAAACUCGAUGCUGUUAGCCACCGGAAAAGAUGCUGGAAAGCGAAGGAAGCCUAAGAACAAUAUCGCCAAGAGUAACUCGUCCUUCAUAUCGAGGUGUAUCGUGCAUGAGAAUCUGAACAAGAGGUUACAAGAUCGCCCGGCGGAUGGCUUUUUUGCUUUCGCUAAUAUCAACCGAGCAUUCCAAUGGUUGGAUUUGUCAUCUCCCCAAAAGGUGGUCUUUGAAUAUCCACGAUAGUAUUGUGUGAGUGCUGACAAAUCCUAGUCUGAGCAUUUGACCAAGAUAUUGUUUACCAAAGGACAUUGUUUAUGUCACGACAUUAAUCAACUUACAAAAAGCCAGAAUCAUAUCGACUUGAUCAUGGGCUUUUCGACAGGCGAAAUCAUCUGGUACGAGCCAAUAUCUCAAAAAUAUACCCGAUUGAACAAAAAUGUGAGUGCAGAAGAAUAACCGAGAAAGUGGAUAGAAACUGAUACACGCCAGGGAAUAAUCAAUACAACACCAGUUUCUGAGAUCCGUUGGAUACCAGGCUCCGAAAACCUCUUUCUAGCAGCACACAUGGAUGGUUCGCUAGUAGUAUACGAUAAGGAGAAAGAGGAUGCCGCCUUUUCGCCAGAAGAGCAUGCCAAUGGUAGUUCGGAUGCAAGUAAUGACGGCUCUGAACCACACAUAGUCCUUCAUGUCGACAAAUCCGUGCAUUCGAAAAACCAAAAGUUCAAUCCUGUGUCUUUUUGGAAAUUGUCAAAUCAGCGAAUAAAUGCUUUUGCAUUUUCUCCAGAUAAUAGGCACAUUGCUAUUGUAUCUGAAGACGGUACCUUGCGGAUAAUUGACUAUCUCAAAGAACAGUACGCUGCUUGCGACCAUUGUGAUGUACCUCCACUAAUGGCAUUGUAGACUUUUAGAUAUCUAUUCAAGUUACUAUGGCGGUUUCAUUUCCGUAUGUUGGUCUCCAGAUGGUAAGUACGUGCUCACUGGUGGCCAAGAUGAUCUGGUGUCCAUUUGGUCCGUGGCCGAAGCUACAAUUGUUGCCCGGUGUCAAGGCCAUCAAUCCUGGGUCACAGCAGUGUGCUUUGACCCUUGGAGAUGUGAUGAUAGAAAUUAUCGUUUUGGAAGUGUCGGUGAAGAUCGUAGACUGCUUUUGUGGGAUUUUAGUGUCGGCAUGCUUCAUCGUCCCAAGGCUGUGAGUAUCAAUUGCUUUUUUCAAAGGAACCUCUACUAACAAUCCUCUAGUUAUCUGUAAGAAAUAAACGAGCAAGCGUUUCUUCGCGGUUUGCAAAUCCACUACAGAGGUCUGAAACUCAAAAUACAUCUGCGAGUCGAUUGAGAUCGAAUUCCUCCCUUUCGGUUGACCGCGAGGAUGAUAAUACAAUUGAGCAUCCUGUGGAGCCGAGGGCAACUACUGCGAUGCUUCCUCCUGUCAUGGUAUGUUUACAUCCCGAAGUGAUUUCUCUUGUUGGUUUGUCCUGAUGGUUAGCAGUCAAAAGUUAUAGAUCCAGAUCCGCUUUGUUGGUUGGAAUUCACCCAAGACUCGAUUAUCACUAGUUGUAAAUCAGGUAAGCUCUAGAAGGAUUUCAUUCAAUUUUGCGUGAUUUCAGCUAACAGGUCAUAGGACACAUUCGUACUUGGGAUCGGCCUGCGGAUGGGACGAGUGAGAGUGAGGUGGCUUCUUCUGCGACGUGAGCUGGGAGAGGAUUUAUGGAGGGUAUGGAAUGAUCAGUACAUAAUUCAGUGAUAUGCUGCAAUCUUCAUGUAAGCGUAGCAUGAAAUGCGCUCAGACUACAUCUAGCGAGGAUAAAUGUCAUAUUCUGAGCGGUUCUUGAUUCACUAGAUCGUACCUAGGUAGAUAUGGAUCACAAGUACUAAACUGAUGUGUCACCGCGUGUAGCUCUCCACAUGUCCAACGUGCCCAAUCGUCUGCCUUCCGGUUAAAUGUAAGUAGAGUUUACUUAUUCACCCUACUCCUCCAAGCAAGGAUUGCUAUUUAUACCACCCGCACGACCUCAUACUAGAUCUUGACAAAUUCAGAGAACACAGAUGCUCCCAUAUCAUCUCAUACUACUGCUUCCCGCAUCUCAUUUAAUAUCGAACCAUCCACAUACCUAAACAGAAUUCUCAUACUCGAGUCACAAUAGCAAUAGCAAUUUCACAUACACACAUACAUCCCCCACUUUCCCAUCCCAUCACCUCAACCCAUCAUCAUCACCUCAACCAUGACCCUCCCAUCCCCAUCCCCCUCUGAAAACCACCCCCUCACACCCCAACAAAAAACACACUUCCUAACCCAUGGCUACCUCAAGCUCGAGAAGUGCUUUACCCGCCAACAAGCUGAGUCUUUCACCAAAGACCUCUGGACGAGACUUGGUAUGAGGGAGGACGAUAAAAAGACACGGGGAGUGGAAAGGGUUAAUAUGACGAGUUUGAAGUAUGUUGAUGUAAGGGAGUUCGCGCCGAAGGCUUGGGCGGGGAUUGUGGGGGUGUUGGGGCCUGAGGGGGAGGAGGAGGGGGAGGGUAUGAUUGUAGAGGAGAAGAAGGUUUGGGAUGAUGGGUUUAUUGUUAAUCUUGGGUGUGAAGGGGAGGAGGGACAACUUGUGGAGGGGGAAACGGAUAGGGAGAGAGGGGAGAUGUUAAGGGCGCUGGAGGGGUGGCAUGUUGAUGGGGAUUUUUUUGUGCAUUAUUGUGAGUCUUUCCCCUUCCUUUCUUGGGGUGUGUUCUGUUGAAGGAGCCUUGCUUUGGAAGUUGAGUGGAGAUAUCUUGAUGGAGUUCUUUAAGAUUUGAUGGAUUUGGGGGGUGGUGGACUCGAGGUUUGAUGUGGAAAGGUUGGAACUAAUGAUAUUUGAUAUUCGGUAGUGGAUUCGCCUGAGCAGGCGCUCUUGGUCAUCCCGCUCUGGUCUGAUAUCCUGCCCCAGGGUGGUGGAACGGCGUUAGCUACAGAUAGGUGAGUUCCCAAUUCUUUUUUCAGUACCCCGAACCCAUCUCAAAUCCAUCCCUUAAGACUAGAAAUGCUAGUAGCAAACUAACAUCCAACCUCCCUAGCAUAAAACACAUAGCCCACCACCUCGUAUGUUCCCUCCUAUUUCCCUUCCAUCCAUUAUAUUAACUUCCACAGUACACACAUUCCUCCGGCGUAACACCAUGGUUCCGUCCCCUAGACGACCCAUCAGAGAACCGCCAGUGGUUCCUCGAUCUCGCCCAUGAUCCCCAAAAGAUCCGUGCUGAGUCGAUCGUUGAGGCUACGGGUGAGGUUGGGGAUGUCUUUCUUAUUCAUCCUUUCAUGUUGCAUUCUGCGUCGAGGAAUGUGAGGAGGGAUAAGAGGGUUAUUACGAAUCCGCCGGUGAGUUUGAGGGUGCCUUUUGGGUAUGGACGAGUGGGUGGAGAUGGUGUGAGGAGAGGGAGACUGAGUCUGGUGGAGAGGAAGACGUUGAGGGAGUUGGGGUUUGAGGAAGAGGGAUUGGGCGAGUGGAGGAUUGAGGGGGAGAGGAGGGGGUGGGUUAGUGAGAGGAUGAGGAGGUAUGAGGCGAUGAGGGGGAUUGAGAGGGAGCGGUUGGAGAGGGAGAGAGACUUGAAAUAG